AUCAAAAGAAAAUAUAAGAGGUGAGAUAUAAUAUUAUAGUACAUGUAAUAUAGUAACAGUAAAGUGGUAGCAAAAGAGCAGCAGAAGAGCUGCAACCAUCUCCAUUACUAGAAGUAACUGUUGAAAAAACCCUAAAAGCUCCAGCCUUUGAUCUCAUUCAAUCAAUUUGUACCUUAAAAUCACACACACAAACAAACAGAAAAACACAUAGUAUUGUGUUUAGAAGCUUCUUCUAUUUACAAAUCUUGGAUUUCCCAUGAGUGUUAAGUUACUUUUAAGCUAUAAAGAUGCUUGCUUUAUUGCUUAAAUCUAUCAAUCUUGUUUAAAGAGAUCCGGGUUUUGUGUUUGUGUAAGAUUCAAGAAUACCCACAUAAAAUCUAAAAGAUUUAGGGUUUUUUUCUUGGGGUGAGAUCUGAAGUGGUUUUUGUAUCUAAAGGAGCUUACUUUGUUGAAUUUUUGGAUAAUAUAUAUACUAUAGUAUAUAUAGAAAACAAGAUUGUGUUUGAAUGAAGUUGAUUUGGUAAAAUUUUGGGAUUGAAUGAAGUGGAAAUCUUGUUUGUUUUGUAGCAGUACUGGUUUUGGUUGAAAGAUUUUUAGUGGGAAAGUGGGGGGUUGUUGUUUUGUAUGGAUUGUUGUUAAAAUAGAAGCAAAAGAAUCAAUGAAAUCUUGAAGGGAAAAAAAAAGUGGUCCCUUUUUUGUCUUCUUAAGGUGGUGGCAUAGUUUUUGAAGGACUUUUUUUGGUUAACGGUUGAGAUUCUUGAUUGUUUAUAGUAGUUUGUGUUUGUUUGAAGCUGUGAAAAUGAAGCUAUCUGCUGUCGGUUUCGGUCAGCAGUUGCCCGAAGGGGAGAAAAGAUGUUUGAAUUCUGAACUUUGGCAUGCUUGUGCCGGUCCUCUUGUUUCUCUUCCCACUGUUGGGAGUCGUGUGGUAUACUUCCCACAAGGCCAUAGUGAACAGGUUGCUGCAUCAACAAACAAAGAAGUCGAUGCGCAUACUCCCAAUUACCCAAGCUUACCUCCACAACUUAUUUGUCAACUUCACAAUGUCACUAUGCAUGCAGAUGUUGAGACCGAUGAGGUUUAUGCUCAAAUGACAUUGCAACCGUUAAACUCUGAAGAGCAGAAGGAGGCAUUUCUUCCAGCAGAUUUGGGUGCUCCGAGCAAACAGCCCACAAAUUAUUUUUGUAAAACGUUGACAGCAAGCGACACUAGUACUCAUGGUGGAUUUUCGGUUCCUCGACGUGCAGCUGAAAAAGUUUUCCCUCCAUUGGACUUCUCGCAGCAACCUCCGGCCCAAGAAUUAAUCGCGAGGGAUUUACACGACAAUGAAUGGAAAUUUAGACAUAUAUUCCGUGGACAGCCUAAAAGGCAUCUUCUUACAACUGGUUGGAGUGUUUUCGUAAGUUCAAAAAGACUUGUUGCAGGUGAUUCAGUUUUAUUCAUAUGGAAUGAGAAGAACCAGUUGCUGUUAGGAAUCCGGCGUGCAAAUCGACCUCAAACUGUUAUGCCUUCUUCUGUUUUAUCGAGUGACAGCAUGCACUUGGGGCUUCUUGCUGCUGCUGCACAUGCGGCAGCAACUAAUAGCCGUUUUACCAUUUUUUAUAAUCCAAGGGCAUGUCCUUCAGAAUUUGUCAUACCCCUUGCUAAGUAUGUUAAAGCCAUCUAUCAUACACGAGUUUCUGUUGGCAUGCGCUUUCGAAUGUUGUUUGAAACUGAAGAAUCAAGUGUCCGUCGCUAUAUGGGCACGAUAACGGGCAUCUGUGACCUUGAUCAAUCUCGAUGGCCAAACUCAUACUGGCGCUCCGUGAAGGUUGGCUGGGAUGAGUCCACGGCUGGUGAGAGACAGCCAAGAGUUUCUCUAUGGGAAAUUGAACCGCUAACAACAUUCCCUAUGUAUCCUUCUCAGUUCCCCCUCCGGCUCAAACGCCCAUGGCCACCCGGGCUUCCGUCUUAUAAUGGGAUGAAAGAAGAAGAUUUAGGAAUGAAUUCGCCAAUGAUGUGGCUUUCCGGUGACCGUGGGAUCCAAUCUCUCAACUUUCAGGGACUUGCGAGUUCUCCCUGGCUACAGCCGAGGCUUGAUGCUGGCAUGCUUGGUAUGCAAAAUGAUAUAUACCAAGCCAUGGCUGCUGCAGCACUACAAGAGAUGAGGACUAUGGAUUCAUCAAAACCAUCAAAUCCAUCAAUUCUACAGUUUCAACACCAAACAAUCCCAACAGGUGCGGCGGGUUCAGCUGGGCUGGUUCCAAGUCAGAUAAUUAACCAAUCUCAGUCCCAACCGGCGUUUGUUCCUGAUAACUUGCCUACUUCAUACUCGCAGUCUCAUCUUCUUCAACAACAGUUAAAUCAUCAAAAUAUGAUCAAUAAUCAGCAGCAAACUCUACUCCCUAUUGUAUCAUUGAUGCAAAAUCAGAAUUUAUCAGAUUCAAACGGGAACCCUGCGAGUCUUUUAGGCACGUUUUCCCACGACGACACGUCAAAUCUUCAUAAUAUGACUCUCUCCCCCUCGAUGUUAACUUCCACCGGUUGGCCCGCGAAACGGGUUGCAGUUGAUCCACUUCUUGUGUCGGGGGCUUCACAGUCUCUUCUUCACCAAGUUGAACAGUUGGGCCCACCGUCCCAUACAAGCCUCUCUCAAAACGCAAAUCUUUCACAAAACACAGUUUCAUUACCACCAUUUCCGGGAAGAGAGUGUUCCCUUGAUCAGGAGCCGAACAAUGAUCCUCAAAACAAUCUCUUAUUUGGAGUCAACAUAGAUAACUCAAAUCUUCUCAUGCAAAGUGAGAUAUCGAGCCUUAGGGGUGUUGGUAGUGAUGGUGAUUCACUGACUAUGCCGUUCACUUCUUCCAAUUAUAACAUGAGUAACACAGCAAACGGUUUUUCACUUAACCCAACAAUAACACCUUCAAGUUGUGUUGACGAAUCAGGUUUUCUGCAGUCUCCAGAAAAUGCGGAUCAGUCAGGUCAAACAAACCUACCCACCAGAACCUUCGUUAAGGUCCAUAAGUCAGGGUCAUUUGGGAGGUCACUCGAUAUAGCCAAAUUUAGCAGCUACCAUGAGCUACGGAGUGAACUUGCUCAAAUGUUUGGCCUUGGAGGCCAAUUGGAAGACCCUUUGAGAUCAGGCUGGCAGCUUGUAUUUGUUGACCGGGAGAAUGACGUUCUUCUCCUUGGCGACGACCCGUGGCCGGAGUUUGUGAAUAGUGUAUGGUGCAUCAAAAUACUGUCGCCACAGGAGGUGCAGCAAAUGGGGAAACAAGGUCUAGAGCUUCUUCACUCGGUUCAGAUACCAAAAUCCUCGGAUAGCAGUGACUAUGAAAACUAUGCUCCAAGUCGUCAAGAGUCUAUGAAUCUAAGCAAUGGAGUUGCAUCAGUCGGUUCCCUUGAAUACUGAAGCAACUUCAUGCUAAGGUUCACAAUUUGUGUAAUGUUAGUAGCAUUUUAUCCUACUAUGGUGAAUUGCAUGGUUCUAAGCUUUAGGUACUUGUGAAACCCGAAACUGUAAUUAAUAUGAUAUCUCUAUGUAUUUGGACUAUACACGAGACUCGUUUCGGUGGUUA